GGAAGUGGCGGCGGCGCCGGCCUGGCCUGGCCUGGCUGAGGGGAGGCGGCGGGCGGGCGCGAUGGCGGAGGCCGGGCCACAGGCGCCGCCGCCCCCGGGCACCCCAAGUCGGCACGAGAAGAGCUUGGGACUUCUCACUACCAAGUUCGUGUCGCUUCUGCAGGAGGCCAAGGAUGGCGUGCUUGACCUCAAGCUGGCAGCUGACACUCUAGCUGUGCGCCAGAAGCGGCGGAUUUACGACAUUACCAAUGUGCUGGAAGGUAUUGGGCUGAUCGAGAAAAAAUCCAAGAAUAGCAUCCAGUGGAAGGGCGUGGGGCCUGGCUGCAAUACCCGGGAGAUUGCAGACAAGCUGAUCGAACUCAAGGCAGAGAUCGAGGAGCUGCAGCAGCGAGAGCAAGAACUGGACCAGCACAAGGUGUGGGUGCAGCAGAGCAUCCGGAACGUCACAGAGGACGUGCAGAACAGCUGUUUGGCCUACGUGACUCAUGAAGACAUCUGCAGAUGCUUUGCUGGAGACACCCUCCUGGCCAUCCGGGCCCCGUCAGGCACCAGCCUGGAGGUGCCCAUCCCAGAGGGCCUCAAUGGGCAGAAGAAGUACCAGAUUCAUUUGAAGAGUGUGAGUGGCCCCAUCGAGGUGCUGCUGGUGAACAAGGAGGCAUGGAGCUCACCACCCGUGGCAGUGCCUGUGCCACCACCUGAAGAUCUGCUACAGAGCCCACCUACUGUCUCUACCCCUUCACCUCUGCCCAAACUUGCCGUGGCCCUGCCCCAGGAUGCCUCACGCCCAAGCAGUCCCCAGGUGACCACCUCCACCUGUGUCCUCAGCAGUACCGAAGCCCAAGGGGUUGCUAGUCCAGCAGCUGAGAUCGCAGUGAGUGGCGGCCCUGGAACUGAUAGCAAGGACAGUGGUGAGCUCUGUUCACUCCCACUGGGCCCGACAGCACUGGACACCCGGCCACUGCAGUCCUCUGCUCUGCUGGACAGCAGCAGCAGUAGCAGCAGCAGCAGCAGCAGCAGCAGCAAUAGCAGUUCAUCUGGAUCCAACCCUUCUACCUCCUUUGAGCCCAUCAAGGCAGACCCCACAGGUGUUUUGGAACUCCCCAAAGAGCUAUCAGAAAUCUUUGAUCCCACACGAGAGUGCAUGAGCUCGGAGCUGCUGGAGGAACUGAUGUCCUCAGAAGGUGGGUGGCCCAGAAAGUGUUUGCCCCCCUUCUCCGCCUUUCUCCACCCCCUGGAGACCACGAUUACAUCUACAACCUGGAUGAGAGUGAAGGUGUCUGUGACCUCUUUGAUGUGCCUGUUCUCAACCUCUGACUGAUGGGGACAUGCCCUGUGUGGCUAGGACACAGACUGUCUAACCUGAGGGCUGCCUGGGGUCCUCCCUCCACCCUACUCCUACACAGCUUGAGAGCUGCAGCCUCCUGGCUUCCCCAGCCCUCCUUCACUGCACAGUUUUGGCCACAAUCCCUGCUCCUGUAUUGACACCUGUACAGUGCUGGGAGAGCAGGGGAAAGGAGCUCAGUUCUCUCCAUGGUGGAGCCAGAAUAUUUGCUUUUCUGGGGCCUUCCCUUACCUCGUGUUCUCCCCAAGCCCAGUCUCGGCUGCUACCUAAUGUCACAGAACGAGGACCCUCAUUCACUCCAUAGGGCAGCUUGUCUAACUCCACUGCCCUGUUCCUGCCAGGCCUUCCCCCUCACUUCUCCCCACCCCUUGACCCUACAGCUCCUGGACCUCUUGUGUGCCCCCCUUCUGCCAGUCCUUUAGCCCUGAGAACCUGUAGGUGGUGGUGGGGGUGGGUGCUUACAGGAAGGAAGAGAAGUCUCUGUAGCUAGGAAUCUGGGCAGGGGCAUCCCUGAGGAUUGGCCCAACCUCCUGCUGCCCCAUAGCCCACCUCGUUUAUUCAUUUAUCCUCAUUUAGAGCCAUUUGCAGAGGUUUAGAAAGAUUUGCAGUAACGAAUGGAUUCCUAUAUAAAGAUUAUUUUUAUACUUUUUGCAGCAAAAGGAAGUUGUAAUAUUUGUACAGUGUCCAAGUGAAUAAAGAUCGUGCCUAAGGCUA